AUGCCGAACUACCACUACUCAAAGCUCCAAAAUGACCUCGACGACGAGGAAGAUGUGCAUCAACAAUCUUCCACCAUCGAGUUUUCUUCUCUUAAAGAUUCCUAUCGUUUAAGACUCGUGAUAUCUGGCGGAAUUAUUGCCAUGUUGAUUAUUGCCUUCUUUGGAUUAUACUAUGGAAAGAUGGGGCAUUUGUUUUGUCAGAUGGGUCUAAAACAUGCCAAUUCUCCGAAGGCAUGA